GGUCGCGGCUGGACGUUCCAAGAUAUUACCUCUCGAAUACCCACGAACGAGCAUAAGAAUUAGCUGGUUGUGUGUUUGGGAAAAAAAAGAACCAGUUUAUUAGUCAUGCAGUGAGGAACGCCGCGCAAAUUUAAGCUAAGUGAAACGGCUAAUAUAUCAGUUUUUCAAGUGUUUGGCGAAUGUGUUGUGUCGAUAGCUUAGGACGAUAAUUCCCGAAAAGUUUGGAGUAGAUCGUCUUGCGCGAAAGCGUGUGUUCAGCAGCUGUAGUUUAGUUGUGGCUUUGACGAAGUUCGAAACAAGUGCUAUGCUUGCGGCGCCGGGUGCCUUUAUCUCAACGACUGUGAUAGUGGUCAUAGUGGUGGUGGUUUGCGGCCAGGUCCAGACGGCUCGUCUGAGCGAACCUUCCGACGCUGGAUCGCAGGAUUCGUCCGGAAGCGGAAAUGAAGCCACAUUCGAACGAUAUGCUCGGAUUUUCCCGGAAUUCCAUGACAGCAGCGGUGGUGGUGAUGGAAAUGCCAGCAAACCACGUGGGCGAGAACAGCGGCUCACCAUUAGCUACCGGCUUGACGGGGAAAAUGUCACCCUAGAUUUGUGGCGAAAUGAUGAAAUAGUAGCUCCCGAAGGACAUUUUCUGCUGUUGCAAAGCGCGUCCGGGGAAACCCACCGGAAACAGCUGGCCGAACAUGAACUGGAGCGGUGUCAGUAUCACGGCACAGUUCGUGGUAGCAUCUCAUCUUCGGUAGCUCUGUCCACGUGCGACGGCAUCAGUGGCAUCGUCUACGACACGCACGAUACUUACCUGAUAGAAUUCGACAGCUCAGAACAGAGCCACUACGUACAACGAAAUCCCGAUUUGUUGAAGAAGGAUCGGACCAAACGUGCCCUUGAGACAUUCCACGAGCCACAUCCAGAGGCUUUCAGUACGGCAUUCCGCUCAAAUCGAGAGUCCAACUACGUUGAACUAGUCCUGGUGAUCGAUCGCGCCCUAUACCUCGGAAAUAUGAACGUCCAAAAGGUCUACAACUACUGCCUAGACCUGGUCAACAUAAUGAACAUAAUAUACCGUCCGCUGAAUAUUUAUAUAGUUCUCGUCGGAGUCGUCAUCUGGACCGAGCAGGACGAAAUCGAGAUGAGCUCGGACUCCAAGAAAACGCUGGAUAACUUUCUCCGAUAUCGGCGGGACACCUUGCUGCAGUCGAUUCCCCACGACAACGCACACUUGCUGACGGGAGUGCACUUUGGGGAUAGUAGUGGUGAUGGAGUUGUCGUUGGAAAGGCCGAACUUGGCUCAAUGUGUACGUUUGCUGGAUCCGGUGGAGUGGAAGUCGUCGAUACAAAACACGUGGCGUUGCAAGCCAGUACCGUAGCACACGAAAUGGGCCACAAUUUCAACAUGGACCACGAUGGGCCGGAAUGUCGGUGUCCUGGAGGAAACUGCGUCAUGGCAGCGAAGACGGUUCGCAGCCAGAAGGCGCCUAGCCGGUGGAGUUCGUGCAGCGUCGAACAUCUUGAAACGGGUCUACAACAUGGGCUUGGGGCGUGUUUGAAGAACAAACCGGCCAAAAUGUUGGUCAAGAGUACAUGUGGCAAUGGUUUGCUAGAGCCUGGAGAAGAAUGUGACUGUGGUCUGUCCGAGAUGUGUGAUACAAAGUGUUGUGAUGCCACGACCUGUCGGUUGACGGUGAACGCAACUUGUGCAGCGGGGGAAUGCUGCGAUCUCGAUAGUUGUCAGCUCAAGUCAGCUGGAUCAAGCUGUCGAUCGGCAGUGGGAGAGUGCGACUUACCGGAACAUUGCAAUGGACAGUCUCCGAUCUGUCCAAAGGAUGUAUACCUCAGAGAUACGGAACCCUGUGCCGGAGGACAAGCUUACUGCUUCAAAGGACGUUGUCGAACCCGUGAUUCACAGUGCAAACUGCUGUGGGGAUCCACAGGCAGAUCGUUCAAUGAUCACUGCUAUCAAACCAAUCGCAACGGUACCAUCUUUGGUAACUGUGGCAAUAACCUGUUAACGGGAGAUUACACCAAGUGCAACCAGGAGGACAUCAUGUGUGGAUUGCUGCACUGUAGCCAUAGAAAUGAGAAGCUGGAUUACGGAAUGGGUGCGUACUCUAAGCUAACGACAACCAAGUUUACCCAUUUUGGACCUAGAGGAACGGUGCGGGACACCGUUUGUAAUGCCGCCAUUGUAGAUUUAGGACUAGAUGUUACGAACCCCGGGCUGGUCCCGGAUGGAGCCAAGUGUGGAACGGGGAAGAUGUGCUGGAACCAGAAGUGUGUAUCGUUGGCUCAUUUGAAGGAGAAUGACGUUGGUGAAGAGUGCGAAGGAGGCUGUAGUGAUCAUGGAGUGUGCAACAGUGAAGGAAACUGCCACUGUGACGAAGGUUUUGGUGGUAAAUUCUGCGAAACUGCUGGUUUAGGAGGCUCGGUAGAUAGCGGACCAACUGUUGAUCCGGACAGCUCCAAGGGACCAUUAGCUCUUUAUAUCUCGUUGACAAUUCUUCUAUUUAUGAUCUUUACUGGAACGGUGUACUUCUACCGAGUAUUUCUGUGGGAUUACAUAAAGAAUGUUUUACAAGACUUCCGCAUGCGGAAAUACGGUCACGUUGUACCACCAGCAUCGCCAUCCAUCAUGGGAGUUGCAAAAACUGCUAGGCUGCAAGUAUCUAAACCUGUUAUAAACAGCACAACACUCAAACUGGACGCCGUUCCAUCAAGAGCUGCUCCACCUCCACCAAAGCCACAAACUGAACCUGCUCAGCACUUUAUUAAAGUUAACAUCAACAAGGGUAAAAUCACGAUCGAAAACAAAGUGGUCAACUCACCGUUCCUUCUCGAAUCCACGUUACUGGACGCUCAUGAAGCUGUGCACGAGAUGAAAGCACGAGGAACACCUGCUAUUCUCGAGAAACGCUCAAUCAGCGUCGAUUCGGAAGGUCCACUGCUCGGACAAAGCGUAGACCGACCAGUACUCGACACUCCACCACCGCUUGAAACUCGAGAACCUGAUCUAGUAGCACAAAUUAGUCAAGUUAAGCUCAAAAAGGUGCACGAUUUCCAUUCAAACCGUUCCAAGAGUGACGAGAAACCUCCACGAAGACUACCAGAGCUGCCAAGGCAGAAAACCAUAGGAGAAUUCCAAAGUGUCAUCGCAGAAGUUCAUCCCAAACGAAGUCCAGCGACAGAGGAACCUCCUACGAAUCCGUUCGGACACGUUACCCUGAAGAAGACAAAAACCCGAACACCUCAUCUGAGUCGAGAACACUUGGACGAAAUUACCGCUGAACAAUCAGCAACAAGCAAGCCAACACCCUUAACAAAACCCGCAAUCAAUAGAUUAAAGCCAACUCUACCUCAAAAGCCAUCGGCUCAACAAAAUGUAGACAAUCAACAGUCUAGCGAAGCAGCGAGCAAGCCUAAACUGUCUCGAAAGCUACCACAGCUGCCGAGCGCUGGACCAAACCGCAGUCGUCCACCGUUGCAGCGGAAGCCUGCCGUUGUGGUAGACGAAGCGGCGGAUCUUCCCGAAGGAGGAGGCGUAGCUGCGCUGAAGGCGAGACUUAACCUGGAACAAAUUGGCGGUGGCAUCAAACGGUAACGUGGAUGCUUCCGAACCUGUUAAAAACUUUGUGUAUUUGUUGGAAGUAUUUUCUAGUGCAAUUUGGGCAUUCGUUAAACUUUGAAUCGCACGUUCCGCUCCUUUUUGGAAUGUAUGCGUUUGAUACUGUUUUAUUGUGAUUUGUAACGAACUUCGGAGAAGUACUUUUAAAUAGAUUGUAAGAAACUCUCAUAUCAUAAUACGAGUUCGACGAACUCGACUAGACUGCUUGCAAUACACCUAUAAGUACUUAGCGAUGAACUCUUGAAUACAAAUAACUAGUCAAUUAAACACUUA